CCAUCUUUGAACACCCAUGACUCAGAUUCUUGCCAGUCAUCCCUCACUGUUCCUAUUGGACGAUAUGUUGUGACGUCACAGCACAGCGCCGGAAGUUCCGGGGCGUGUGUGUCAGGCUCCUCCCCCAUCUCCCGGCAGAUCACAGAGUCAUGGCGGCGGUGAAGAUGCUGAUUCCCGGAGCAGUGACAGGCGGGGAGCCCGCGGAGCUGGACUGGAUGAGCCGGGAAGUCACCACCGGGACGACCAUCAUGGCGGUGGAGUUCGAUGGCGGUGUGGUUCUCGGUGCCGAUUCCAGGACAACCACCGGGGCGUACAUCGCUAACAGAGUCACCGACAAGCUGACCCCCGUACAUGACCGCAUCUACUGCUGCCGCUCUGGCAGUGCCGCGGACACUCAGGCCAUCGCUGACGCCGUCUCCUACCAGCUGGGCUUCCACAGCAUUGAGCUGGGCACCCUGCCCCUCGUCCACACAGCGGCCAGUCUCUUCAAGGAGAUGUGCUACAAGUAUCGGGAGGAGCUGAUGGCCGGCAUCAUUGUAGCCGGAUGGGACCAGAGGAAAGGGGGGCAGGUGUACACGGUGCCCAUGGGGGGGAUGAUGGUGCACCAGCCGUUCUCCAUCGGUGGCUCCGGCAGCUCCUACAUCUACGGUUUCGUGGAUUCUACGUACAAAACGGGGAUGACAAAGGAGGAGUGUCUGAAAUUCACCGCAAACGCUCUGGCUCUGGCGAUGGAGCGGGAUGGGUCCAGCGGGGGCGUCAUUCGUCUGGCCGCCAUCACAGAAUCGGGUGUGGAGCGUCAGGUGAUCCUGGGGAACGAGUUGCCGCGGUUCCCUGUGUCGUGAUGUCGCCCGCUAUCCCCUGUGUCACCUUUUAUGUUUUUGUUACUAUUGUAAUGAUGACCUGAAUAAACCUGAUGAUAUACUAGUGUACAACCGCCUUAUACUGCACC